UCAAACAAAUACUGUUGUCUGCUGCUCCUCCUGCAAGUUCUGAGAAGCUACAGAGUCCCGGUUUCACUUCUUUUUAGGCACAAAAUACGAUGCUCACUCCUCUACAAUUUUGCCCUUGAACCUUGAACUCAUUGGUUCAGAUCAGAUACCACCAGUGCCAAACUCAAAACUUUGUAUUCAGCUAGAGUUUCCGCUAAUCCAAGUACCAUUAUCGGUUUGUUCUUUAAAACUUGUUUCUUCCCUACCUAUCAUUCUGUUUCCUGGAUGCUUGAUGUUUAAUUUUACAUAUAUCUUUUUUUCGUAGCUUUUUUUCUUGUUUACGCUCUGAAUGUUGUUGAUGUUUCAAUCUUGGGCAGUUUAUGAUGCUUGGUUUUGCCUAGUUUUAGAUAAAGUUUCAAUCUUUGGCAGGUUCUGUUUCUGGGUUUUGUUUAGUCUUUGACGAACUUUUAGCUAAAGCUUCAGUCUCGGGCAGUUUAUUUUUCGUGUUUUUAUGGGGUUUAAGUGUAAAGGUUAUUACUUUACUUAAUUUGAAUCUUCUUUUUGAGUUGAAAGAGUUGGGGUUUAAAUUUUUUUUAAUCAAUCUUCUAAGUUAAACCAAAACCCUAGUUGAUUUCUUUAAUCUGAGGACUAGGUGGAUCUUGCCACUAGCAAGGUUUAGGGGAUUUUUCCGAGAAUCCCGGUUUAUCAUCUGGGCGCACUAUUUUAUGAAUUCAAUAUUCAUUUUGUACCCUAUUUUACAAUGUUUUUAUUUGGAUUUUGAGAUUUGUAUUCGUUGUAGUCAGAUCACAUUAGGUCAAAUCAAUAUUGGAUCUUGCAUCAGUUUAGAGUUUGAUCUUUUAAGGAAUGGAAUGUGCCACCAUUACUAUGCUACCCUCAAAACCCCCUUUGAAUAUAUCCGAAAUUGUAUCCAAAUUUGCGAAAGUUUGCAGGUUUAGAUCCAUUGGUGUGUUUUACUCUGAACACUCCAACCACCAAAAUCCAAGCAACAGUAAUGUAUCAAUGAGUGAGGAUGGGAGUGGCAAUAAAAUUGAAGAGACAGAAUGUGGGGGUGUCAAAGUCCAUCCGCAACCGAUUGAAGAUCCUUGCAGAAGUAAUGAAUGCUGUGACAUGGACAUUAUGAAGUUAUUCGAGAUAGUUUCAACAUUGAAAUUAGCUUAUGUUCAGCUUCAAGAAGCUCAUAUUCCCUAUGACCCAGAAAAGAUUAAAGCUGCUGAUGAACUUGUUGUGGCAGAGCUUGAAGCACUUUGCAAGACUAAGCGAAUGUACAAGGAGAAACAACUGACAAAAGUCAAGCUCGAUUCUUCUCGUUCUGAUGUUCUAAAAGCAGAGAUUGAAGUCAAUGAGAAGAUGUUACAGAAAUUGAAGUCACAAGUUAAAGCAAAAGAAUCAGAAAUUUUUUGUUUGCAACAAGAACUGCAAGAUUUGCAUUUGAGGAAUGCGAUUAUGGCUGAGAAGAUUAGACAGCAAAGUCUCAAAACAAAUAAUGUGAGGGUUUUUGAUUUAAAAAUGUUUGAGGAUAGCUUCAAAGCAGCCUCAAAGUCCAUUCAUGAUUUCGCAAAGCCAGUCAUUAGCUUAAUGAAAGCUUCAGGUUGGGAUUUAGACCUUGCUGCAAACUCAAUUGAAGCUGCAGUUGUUUAUUCCAAGAGGUGCCACAAGAAGUAUGCAUUCGAAGCCUACAUCGCACGGAGAAUGUUUCAUCGAAUGUCACUUGAAUCAUAUAAUGUAGAUGAUAUCAUGAAGUUUGAUGAUCCAUUCGAUUAUCUGGUAUAUAAACCAGAUUCAGAUUUUGCGAAAUUCUGCAGAAAGAAGUAUCUUUUAGUAGUUCAUCCUAUGAUGGAAGCUUCAUUUUUUGGUAAUUUGGACCAGAGGAUGUUUGUAUCAAGUGGCAAGAAUCCAAGAACACCAUUUUACCAAAUAUUUGCAAAGAUGUCAAAGUGGAUUUGGAUUUUACAAGGGUUCGCAUCCUCGAUUGAUCCCAAAGCGAAAAUAUUUGUUGUGAAUAAGGGAUGCAAAUUCUCUAAUAUUUCUAUGGAGUCAGUUGAGGAAUUAUCUGAAGGCACAAGCGGGAAUUGUGAAGAACAAACCAGUUACAAAGUUGAGUUUAUGGUAAUGCCUGGGUUCAGAAUUGGAGAUACAUUGUUGAAGUCACAGGUUUAUGUUUCGAGGAUGAAUUAAUCACACAUCGGCUGUACAUGCUUGAUAAUGGAGGCUGGGUAACUUUAUGAAAGCUAAUCAUGUGUUGUAUUUAUAUGUUGCUUAGCUUAAUGUUGUGUGGACCUGCAAUUGAUUUGUUUUCUGAAAUUUUAGUUUGUAGCACGUAGUGCAAGCUAAGAAAUGGUUGUGCUUUCAAGUUGUUCUUAAUAUUAUCUAAAUUUAUAAGCUGCAAAAAUCUUGUCAA